GGAAAAAAAAAAGUAAGAACAAAAGAGAGAAGCAUGUCUGUGAGAGCAAUCCAAUCAUUGGUGGUUCUGGUUAUUCUCAUCGGAUCCCAUGAGUCCACUCCUAUCCCCGACGGUCUCCGGAAGGUAGAGGAAGCCUUUGUCAAGAUCUUAGGCCAAUCCAGUCACCUUCUCUCCUUCGCUCGCUUCACUCACAAGUAUGGGAAAAAGUAUCAGCAUGCGGAGGAGAUAAAGCACCGUUUCUCGGUGUUCAAAGAGAAUCUUGAUUUGAUCAGAUCCACCAACAAGAAAGACUUAUCUUACAAACUCGGUGUCAAUCAAUUUGCUGAUAUGACCAAAGAAGAGUUUCAAAGGAACAAGAUCGGUGCUUCGCAACACCCCUUUGCCACUUCAAAGGGCAGCCACAGUCCCACAAAAAGAGCGCUUUUGCAAACCUCAGCUCCUAGUGCUAAAGACUGGAGAGAAGAUGGUGUUGUUAGCCGGGUCAAAAAUCAGGGAUCAUGUUUAGAAGGUUCUUGGGCAUUUAGCGCAACUGGAGCUGUUGAGUCAGCUUACCAUAUUAAACAUGGUACCGGAAUAGAAUUAUCUGAGCAACAGCUGAUAGAUUGUUCGUCAUCCUUCGGUUCAGCUGGCUGCAUUGAUGGUCAUCCUUACCAAGCCUUUGAUUACAUGAAAUCCAAAGGAAUCAACAAUGCCACACAGUAUCCUUACCUAGCUGUCCAAGGACUGUGCAGAAGUAACUCGGACUCUGUUGUAAAUGUCACAGGAUAUGUCGCUGUCGCUUUGCAACAGCGUGAUGAACUUGAACUGAUGAAAGCGGUUGGAACCAUCGGGCCAGUUAGCGUAUCAUUAGGCGUUUCAUCCACACUCCAGCAUUACAUCAGCGGAGUCUUCACUGGUAGCGACUGUGAAGUUUCAAGCGUCCAAAAUCAUGCUUUGGUGGUUGGUUAUGGAAAUGAUGGGAGUAUGGAGUAUUGGAUUAUAAAGAACUCAUGGGGAGAACAGUGGGGCGAUGGUGGCUACUUCAAGUUGCGGAGGGGAAUUAACAUGUGCGGUAUUACAUCAAUGCCAUUGUACCCGGUUGUGGCCUAAGAUGAUCAGCAUGUGGAUGCAUGAUAUGUUAGCAUAUUUAUUUGAUUAAGACAUUACUUGAAAGUUGGCACUUGGGACUUGGGAGUGCACAUUGUUGUGUUUAUGCUUGUUGUAACAUAUGGUCUGGUUCAUACGUUCCGAAUAAAGGAAAAAUAUAUAUGCGUGCAUGUUAAAUCUAUCAAUAUAAAUCAUUUAGAAUGAAAUA